AUACAAAUAGUAGUUUCUCAGUGGUCGAGUACUUAGCAUAGAAAUAAAAACCCAAGGCAUGUUCAGGAUAACGGAAGGAAUUAAGUUCAUUUCCUGUUCAGGUAUUAGGAAUUGGUCACUAUCUUGUGUGAAUGGGCUGCGAUUCAAAAUUCACGAGAACGAACUGGAACUGGACGAUGAGAAGGAAUUUCGGAGUGAAAAAUUUCCAUUUGUCUGGCUUCGCGACAAUUGUACUUGUUCCCAAUGUUUCCAACCCGCCUCAAAAGCCAGAUUUGUGCUCAUGAAGGACCUCAAGUUGGAUGUGAAACCGAAAACAGUGGAUACACAUCUGGAUGAGAACGAGGUCAAGAUAACUUGGGAAGAUGGGCAUGUCAGCGAGUUUGCCCGAGAUUGGCUUCUGGCACGAUCCUUUGCGGAUGAAAAGGUGAAGCAAAGGCUGGCAGAGGAGAGGGGCCAAGAUCAAAAAAUUACCUGGGAUGCAAGUUACAUCAAAAACAUGAAACAGCACAAGUUUCAAGAUGUCAUGAAUUGCAACGAGAGCCUUUUAUCGUGGCUGCAAGAUUUGCGGUUGUAUGGACUCACCAUCCUCAAUGAGAUGGAAAGCCAUCCCAAAGCGUUGAGAGCUCUACUGAAUCGAAUUGGCUUUCCCAAGUCCACUCAUUAUGGCGAGGAGUUUUCUGUGAUUGCCAAACCGGAUCCCAACAACUUGGCAUACACCAAUAGCUCAUUAGGACUUCAUGUGGACCUACCCUUCUACCAAUACAACCCGGGUAUUCAAUUCCUUCAUUGUGUUAAGCAGACAGACAUGUCAGGGGGCGACAACGAGUUCGUGGACGGAUUCAACCUGGCUGGGAUCAUUCGUCGCUCCCAUCCAAAAUAUUGGAAUUUGCUCACUAAGUUGGCCAUCAACUUUUGGGAUCGUGGGUCGGAACAAUUCUCAGGAGAGUUUUACAAAUACACUUCCCUUCCCACCUUUCAGCUGAACGCGUUCGGCGAAGUUUACCGUGUGAACUUCAACAACCAAGUUCGAGAUAAUGUUAUGAACAUUCCUCUGAAGGAUGUCAAAGAUCUGUACGAGGCACUCAUGUUUCUCAACGAUCUGGCCUAUGAUCCUCAGAACAUGAUAUUGUACAAGUUGCAAGCAGGCGAGUGUGUCAUCUUUGACAAUCAACGCAUACUCCAUGGACGGCGAGGAUAUGCCCUCGAAGAAGGUGGUCACCGGUACCUCCAAGGAGGAUACAUGGACUGGGAUGAGGUUAACAGCAAAAUCAAUGUACUCCGCUCGUCUCGCAUCGAGACUUAGAUGGCCCCCCACGAACGAGAUGUUAAUGACACAUUAGUUUUAUCAUCCUUUUUCCUACCGACAUAACCAAGUGGGACCUUAAUGAUCAAAUUUAUUUCAACUGUAAUUAUAUGUGGUGUAUAAAUGGCUUUUGGAAAACUC